AGCAACAGCAAGACUGUUUUAAGAUUGAAACAACACAGCCGCCAUUCCUCUAUGAAUAUCAUUAUAAUACGUCAUUUUGUGACGUAGAUACAUUUUACAAAAUAACAAUUUUGACCAUAGAUAAUAGAGUAAAUGAAAUAGUAAUAGUAAAUAGUUUACUCUAUUAUCUAUGUUUUGACUCACUUAGCAACGCUCCACCCAGCCCCUCACGUAAGUGGGUGUGGCCACGGUAAGCAAAAUGGCGGCACGGAAGCAGAACAAAGUUAUGAGCUUUCUACCAAGAAGAAUAAAGCAAAGAUGAUGCCUAAAGAUUUAUCAAGAAUCACUAGAAGGUAUUAAGAACCUUUAUAAGUCUUAGUAAGAAGGAAUAAAUGCCUACUAUGCGCGCAAGGUGGUGAAAUCAAUCUUAGGACAAUUUUUACACUUAUAUACGCUUGUUAACUAGGAACAAGUUCUAUGAGGUUACUGGGUUUUUUAGCAUCUUGUUUCGUCAAUUAUCCAGUAACAAUACAUGACAAUCAAUGAUAAUAUCAGUUGAUUGCAAUAAUUGUCAAUUGAUUUAGUUUUAUAAAUUCAUUUCUAGGGAACCUAAAACUAAAUAAUAUCAGAGCAGCCUGUUUCUACAUUGCUAUUACCACUGGGGCCUCCUUUUUGUCUUAUGUGUUUCUUUGCAUUCUGUUCAAAUGUGACAGGAAUGAUCGGGGAAAUCGGUUCAUAACGAGGGAACAAUUUGAAAGUUUUAGAAGUUUUUCUGAGUACAAGUCCUGGUUCUGUCAAAGGUAUUGCAGGCAAGAUCCCCCAGUAUGUGUAUAAACACCUUCAGAACAUCAAAAAGAACAUCAAAGAGUACUUAUAAUAAAGCCGUUAUUAUUGUUAUUUUUUAUUUUUAUUAUUGUUGUUGUCGUUGUUGCUCCACAUUGUUGUUCUAUGACAAUUAAUAAUGGGCAUUGUUCUAAUUAAAGCACUUGGAUUAACUUCCAAUAACUUGCCCACAUGGCAGUGCAGUCAUGAUGGCACAAUGAUGACAAACUGACAAUCCUCUGAAUCCAGGCACAUGGCCACUGAUGAUGGACUAAGGAAGAGACAGGUUCAUUCUGCUCCUCUCUCUCCUCCAAAACAAGAAGAACCACCUCCUCCUACUCAAUCCUACAGCAGGUGUUCUAAUACUCUCCUGUCCCUCCUGAUCCUCUAUCGGUUCAUUAAUGCGUUACUAGUACAGACACGGUUUGUUCCUGAUGAAUACUUUCAAAGCAUUGAGGUCUCCUACUACAUGAACUACCAGAGAGGUCAUUUGACCUGGGAGUGGAGGCGUGGUCUGAGAGGGUAUACUCAUCCUUUUCUAUUUUUUUUGAUUUAUAAAAUAUUAACAAUUACUGGAACUAACUCGCAAUGGAUGAUAUCUGAGAGUCCAAAGAUAUUUCAAAGUCUCAUAGCAGCUGCCUCUGACUGGUUUAUUUACAAGUUGACAUUAAUAAUGUUCAACUGCAAGGAAACUGCAAAAUAUGCAUUGCUCUGUCACAUAUUCUCAUGGUUCAUAUUCUAUUGCUGUACCAGGACACUCUCCAAUACAAUGGAGUCAUCACUCUCUCCAAUGAUACUCUACUACUGGAUCAAAGCACUCAAUACUAAUGACAGUAUAUCUAAUAAGACAAUGUGUGAUUAUACACGGACUAGUCUCCAUACUUCACUCUACUUGGUCCUGAUGGCUUUAUCAGUUCUUGUAAGACCUACUGGAGUGAUACUGUGGGCUCCAUUUUGUUUAAUUCAUUUAAUUAUUAUUAUAAGAAGAGGAGGAGGAGCAUCAGGUGAAAGGGGGAGGAGGAAGUGGGUGGAGUUUCGUAAAACACUCAUCAUUAUGAUAAUAGUGAUUUUUUUAUCUUUAUUAUGGUCGAUAUUAAUUGAUAGAUUCUACUAUGGGAAGUGGGUUUUUGUUCAAUACGAGUUCCUAAAGUUUAAUAUUUUGGAGGGACGAUCGUCAAAUUUUGGAACUCACCCAUGGCAUUGGUACAUAUCUCAAGGGUUUCCUGCAAUGUUAUUCUCAUUCCUUCCUCUUCUGGUUCAUGGUCUUUAUAUUUCAUCAAUAAAUAGUUACAAUCCACUUCAUUCACUCUCUCCACUGGCAGCAGCUGUCAUUCUGUUGAUAGUUCACAGUUUUAUAAAACACAAAGAAUUCAGAUUCGUACUACCAUCUCUAACACUAUCAAUACCUUACAUUGGUUUGAGUGUUUCUAGUUUAUUAAAUAGAAAUUCAAAAGUUAUUAAAGUUAUAGUUAUUAUAUUAAUAUUAAUUAACGUGCCAAUGUCACUGUACUUCUCAAUCAUUCAUCAAAGAGGAGACGUAUCAGUAAUGAAGCAUUUAAGACAAAGCGUCAAUAGCAGUUCAUCAGUAUUGUUUCUAUUACCUUGUUACUCAACUCCUUUAUACAGUUAUCUCCAUGGUGAUCAUCAGUUGCAGUUCUUGGAGUGUCUUCCUGACGACGGUUUUCCUAAUAUAGAAACAGAGUUUUAUUCAUCACCUCUUGACUGGUUAUUAAUUCAUAUUAAGGACCCGCCCACUCAUAUUGUGUUUUAUGACGUUCUGUUAUCAAAAAUUGAAGAAUAUCUCCACAACAAUUCAUAUGUACAGGAAGCUAAAUUGUUUCAUACUCAUUUCAAAGACAAUGACAAAACUGGACAAUAUAUAUUAGUAUAUACUUCAUAAUAAUGAACUUAUUUGUAUUGAGUGAGCAAUGCUGAAUCAUCAGAUUACAUCAAACCAUUUAUGUAAUGUGGAGGAGGGUUGUCAGCCCUGAGUGUGAAUAUCUAAUAAUAACUGUAGCCUCAUUUCUGUCAGCCAUUUUUGUCCAGUUAGGCUCUUGUAAGCAGGUAAAUUUUGUCACGCGUGCGCAGCACAUGCGUAAUUAAUGGUAUCGCCAUAUUUGGCUCCCGUAUCAUGUGACUAGCAUCAAAGACUACAAUGGCUAUUUGUACCUUCUUCUUCAUUAUGUUGAUAGAAAGCUCAAAUGGAUCUGUUGCUGAAGAUCAACAAGGAAAGAUAGCCUUCUAUUCCUUAUGGAUGCCUCCUUUUGCCUUUGGAGUCAUUUCUCAUGUCAUCAUUAUUAGAUUCAUUUUAUAUCUUAUGGACAAAUCGAGGAACCUCAUUUCAAGUGGCUUUACGAGGACAAUAAAGAAUAAGGUUGUGACACUACUCUACACCACUAUUGGCAGUGGUGUGUCAAUUUUGGCAUAUGUCUCUAUGUGCAUUGCAAUCGAGUGCAACAUUGAUUUGGGGCUCUGGUUCAUACCAAGGGACCAAUUCAAUGGAUUUACAGGUUUCAUUGAGUUCAAUUCUUGGUACCUUCAAAGGAAUCAAAGGGAAGAUUCCCCAGUUUAAACAUGCACGUUCUAUUAUUAUAAUGGCUGACGGAUUGUUACUGCACAUAUUGUUAAAGGCAAUAAAUACAGAAAAAUAGAAACAGAAAAAGACGUGUUGUUAUAAUGAAGCCAUUAUUAUUGUUGCUGUUGAUAAAAUUAAUUUUAUGAGUGGGUAGAGCUAGUUAAUUAA